GACGACGCCGAGGGGUACUACAGUACGUCAGAAUGUUGUUCACGGAGUAUUAUAGGGUACAUGUUUAUGUCUAAAUACUAACAUCUCUGCAUGCUGUUCAUAAUGGUAGGAUUCGGGCAUGGUGAACUGCUGGACGGCCGGUACUUGGUGACAAGUGUGUUGGGCAAGGGAGUGUUCUCGUCUGUGGUGAAGGCGCGUGAUACUAAGGAGGAAGAUGCAGAGGUUGCGAUCAAGAUUCUGCGAAGCAAUGAGACGAUGUACAAGGCAGGCAAGAAGGAGCUGGACAUUUUGAAGCGAUUGAUGGCGAACGAUCCCCACAAUCGUAAGCACGUCAUUCGCCUGUUGCGCCACUUCGACCAUCGUGGACAUUUGUGUCUGGUCUUCGAAUCACUGUCGAUGAACCUGCGUGAGGUUCUGAAGAAGUUUGGCAAGGACGUCGGACUCAACAUCAAUGCGGUCAGAAUCUAUGCGCAGCAGCUCUUCCUGGCGCUUUCGCUGCUGAAGAAGAGCAACAUUCUCCACGCAGAUAUCAAGCCGGACAACAUCUUGGUGAACGAUGCGAAGAACGUGCUGAAGCUGUGUGACUUGGGAUCGGCGUCGGACACGAUGGAGAACGAAAUCACGCCGUAUUUGGUCAGUCGGUUUUACAGAGCGCCAGAAAUCAUUCUGGGGCUACCCUACGAUCCAGCGUUGGAUAUGUGGUCGAUCGGAUGCACGCUGUACGAGUUGUUCACGGGUAGGAUCCUGUUUUCGGGACGGAGCAAUAACCAGAUGCUGAAGCACAUGAUGGAUCUAAAGGGACCGUUUUCGAAAAAGAUGCUCCGGAGGGGACAGUUCUUCCUGAACCACUUUGACGAGGACUGCAACUUUUUGUCGGUAGAGGUGGAGAAGGUAACGCAGAAGGACGUAAUCCGGACAAUCCAAUACUCAAAGCCGACGAAGGAUCUGAGGACGCGUUUGAUGCCAUAUACGGCGAACAUGUCACCAGCGGAUGUGAUUCAGCUGAACCACUUUAUCAAUCUGCUAGAGCGGUGCUUGCAUUUGAACCCCGAACAUCGGAUCACACCUCAGGAAGCCCUACAGCAUCCAUUCAUAAAGCAGGUCAAGUGAGAAAAAAAAACUUCUAAAACCGCAAAAUAAAGCGU